UCUGGUCAGCCUGUCCGUAUCGCCUCCACACCCGCAGGCUUCACCAUGGGCCGGACCGUGGUCGUGCUGGGCGGAGGGAUCAGCGGCUUGGCCGCUAGUUACCACCUGAGCCGGGCCCCUUGUCCCCCCAAGGUGGUAUUGGUGGAGGGCAGCGAGCGCCUGGGAGGCUGGAUCCGCUCGGUACGAGGGCCAGAUGGUGCUGUCUUUGAACUUGGACCUCGAGGAAUUCGGCCGGCGGGAGUCCUGGGAGCCCGGACCCUGCUCAUGGUUUCCGAGCUUGGCUUGGACUCAGAAGUGUUGCCUGUCCGGGGAGACCAUGCAGCUGCCCAGAAUAGGUUCCUGUAUGUAGGUGGCGCCCUGCACGCCCUGCCCUCUGGCAUCAGGGGGCUACUCCGCCCUUCACCUCCCUUCUCCAAACCUCUGUUUUGGGCUGGGCUGAAGGAGUUGACUACGCCCCGGGGCAAAGACCCUGAUGAGACUGUGCACAGUUUCGCCCAGCGCCGCCUUGGUCCUGAGGUAACACCGCCCAGAAGCCCCCAAAUCCCUCCCCUCCUAAACCAGCUGCAGAUCCCCAUACUCAAACCUUCCACUAGGGCCUCUUCUGUAUCAUCUGAAAACGCCCUCUUCUCUUCAUACCCAGUAGCCCCCCCAAACUCAGUGUUGGGGGUGAAUGCCUUCAUUUCCUUUCCAUCUUUCUGUAAUAGUGGGACUGCUUUCCAACCAAACCCCACCCCACCCCUAUUCUCUGCCAAGCAGGGACAGUGGAAAUUAGUGCAACUUAUUCCUUGGCCUCUCAAUCCCAGUCUCACCCUUAAGGUGGCGUCUCUAGCCAUGGACAGUCUUUGCCGUGGAGUGUUUGCAGGCAACAGCCGUGAGCUCAGCAUCAGGUCCUGCUUUCCCAGUCUCUUCCAAGCUGAGCAAACCCAUCGAUCCAUAUUAUUGGGGCUGCUGCUGGGGGCAGGGCGGGGCCCACAGCCAGACUCAGCACUUAUUCGCCAGGCUCGGGCUGAGCGCUGGAGCCAGUGGUCACUCCGUGGAGGGCUGGAGACAUUGCCUCAGGCCCUUAACACCCACCUGACUAGUAGGGGUGUCAGUGUUCUCAGAGGCCAGCCAGUCUGUGGGCUCAGCCUCAAAGCAGAAGGGUGCUGGAAGGUGUCUCUAGGGGACAGCAACCUGGAGGCUGACCACAUUAUUAGUGCCAUUCCAGCUUCAGUGCUCAGCAAGCUGCUCCCUGCUGAGGCGGCACCGCUGGCUCGCGCUCUGAGUACCAUCACUGCUGUGUCUGUGGCUGUGGUGAAUCUGCAGUACCGAGGAGCUCGUCUGCCUGUCCAGGGAUUUGGACAUUUGGUGCCAUCCUCAGAAGACCCAGGCAUCCUGGGAAUCGUGUAUGACUCAGUUGCUUUCCCUGAGCAGGAUGGGAGUCCCCCUGGCCUCAGAGUGACUGUGAUGUUGGGAGGUUCCUGGUUACGGACAUUAGAAGCCAGGGGCAGUGUCUUAUCUCAGGAGCUGUUCCAAAAGGAGGCAGAGAAAGCAGCUGCCACUCAGUUAGGACUGAAGGAGCCACCAAGUCACUGCUUGGUCCAUCUACACAAGAACUGUAUCCCCCAGUAUACUUUAGGCCACUGGCAAAAACUGGAGUCAGCUACCCAAUUCCUGGCUGCUCAGAAGCUGCCUUUGACUCUGGCUGGAGCCUCGUAUGAGGGGGUUGCUGUCAAUGAUUGUAUAGAGAGUGGGCGCCAGGCAGCAGCCCGUGUCCUGGGCACAGAACCUAACAGUUGAUCCUCAAACCCCACUUCUUCCUGCCCCUGCUCACAGGGAUUCUCUCACCCAUGAAAAUAAAAGAUGCUGGAGCGUG